GCCUUAGUGCUGGGGGGGCGGGAAGAGGAGGAAAAUACUGGUGCCCCUUCUCUCCUCCACUGCCUUGAAGUAGAUUUGAAGAGCUGCCCUUCCUCCCCCCUUCCCUUUCCCCCUUCCUGCUGGUCCUUUGGCAUCUUCCAGACCAUGUCCACUGGGUCCCUCAGUGAUGUGGAAGAUCUGCAGGAGGUGGAGAUGCUGGAGUGCGAUGGCUUGAAAAUGGAUACUAACAAAGAGUUUGGGGCAUCCACCGAGAGCAACGAGGAGGGAUCCAAUGGCGAGAAUGGCUCCCCUCAGAAAGGGAGAGGGGCUCCGGGCAAGAGGAAGAAAGCUCCCCCCAAGAAGAGCCCCUUAAAUGGAGUGAGCCAGGAGGGAAAGCAGGUCCAGAGAAACGCUGCCAACGCCAGGGAGAGGGCAAGGAUGAGGGUCCUUAGCAAAGCCUUCUCCAGGCUUAAGACCACCCUCCCCUGGGUGCCCCCAGACACCAAGCUUUCCAAACUGGACACCUUGAGGUUGGCCUCCAGCUACAUCGCUCACUUGAGGCAGAUCCUGGCCAAUGACAAAUACGAAAACGGCUACAUCCACCCCGUCAACCUGGUAAGUCACAGCCCUCUGGGGCCAGGCACUUUGUAUGCAUGCAUGUGCAUGGGGAGAGGGAUGGGGCAUGUGUGGGGAGAAACCUUCCCUGGCCUUCUCACAGAGAGUCUGGUGCGAGUGGGAUGGCAAGGGGUACUGUGCAAGGGGACAGGCUUCCAGCUGCCCUCACACCCUGAGGUGCCCUGA